UUUACGGCCGGCCUGGUCGUAAAAGGGGUGGGGCGGGCGGUCGCUCGGUCCGUGAGGGGAGAAGGACGCGGCGACCGGGAGCGGCUGCAGCCAUGCCGUUCUUCGACGUUCAGUCUCGACUGGGCAUUAACGUCGACAAAUGGAUGACCAUCCAAAGUGCGCCCCAGCCCUAUAAGAUAGCCGCCACGUGCCACGCGUUUGAGAAGGAGUGGAUUGAGUGUUCCUACGGGAUCGGGGUCACCCGAGCCAGGAAGGAGUGUAAGCUUGAAUAUGACGAUUUCAUGGAGUGUUGGCAUCGGACGAAAACGUUGAAACGGCUGCAGGCCAUCGUCAAUCAGAAGACCAAGCUGAUGAAGGAAGGGACGUACACGCCGCCCGACCACCACACGGGGAAGGAGGCUCCCCGGCCCUGAACAGCAGGGUCCACUCCCGGGCCAGCUGGAUGGGGGGGGAACAAGCCACCCCCCCGCCAGCCCCUUAAUGUGUCUCUUGGGAAAGAGAAUCUUCCCUCAGAAAGGUUCAAAAAUAAAGCGAAUCCCUUGCUUGUUCCCA